CCGGGGAUGGAAAUGUCUUCCGCUGCAACUCUACCUCCUAAAAAAAAAGCCAAGCAGGACGAACGCGAAGGCGUUUGAUCAGGCUGGUGGCGGACGAGGCUAAGGAUCAGGCAAUGAGGUCAUAAAAACAACAACGGCGAAAGGAGGAAAAAGAAAACGAGGAAGUUGAUUGCUUGGAAACUUAGCCUUUAUACCCUGCAGUCCUAAAAGGCACUGACUGAACCUGUAGAGGAUUACGCACUCCAAGAUACACACCAACACCCACUCGCUCUCACCCUCCCCUCCCCUCACCGCCAUGUCCUCCCACCUCAACCAACCUCUUCUCAUCCUUCCCGUCCUCUUCCUUCUCCUCUCCCUGCCCACGAGCUCCACAUUCACUCCUUCCUCCUUGUCCUCCACCUCCUCCCUCCUCUCCUUCUUCCCACCGGAAGGAGGCCUCACACAUCUGGUGGUUCACAACAAAACGGGCGAGGUCUACCUGGGUGCUGUCAACUGGAUCUACAAGCUGUCCAACAACCUGACCAAGCUUCGGAGCCAUGUUACUGGCCCAGUCACAGACAACCCUCGCUGUUACCCUCCGCCCGGUGUCCAGUCCUGCCCCCACGAGCUGGUGCAAACCUCUAACGUCAAUAAACUCCUGCUACUUGAUGCUGCCCACAACCGCUUAAUUGCCUGUGGGAGUACUUCCCAGGGAAUAUGCCAGUUCCUGCGUCUAGAUGAUUUGUUCAAGCUCGGCGAGCCCCACCACCGCAAAGAGCAUUAUCUAUCUAGUGUUGCCGAGGCAGCCACCAUGUCAGGUGUCGUGAUCUCCCCGGAUCUUUUCGGCGGAGGUGGGAAACUUUUUGUCGGCACUCCCAUCGAUGGGAAAUCUGAGUACUUCCCAACGCUGUCGAGCCGCAAGUUGAUGUCCAACGAGGAGAAUGCUGACAUGUUCAGCUUCGUCUACCAGGAUGAGUUUGUCUCCUCGCAGCUGAAGAUUCCCUCAGACACGCUCUCCAAGUUCCCGGCGUUUGACAUCUACUACAUCUACGGCUUCAACAGCGAGCAGUUUGUGUAUUAUCUGACCUUACAGCUUGACACCCAGCUCACGUCGCCAGAUGCAAGCAGUGAACAGUUCUUCACCUCUAAAAUCGUCCGCCUGUGCGUUGACGAUCCAAAGUUCUACUCCUACGUUGAGUUCCCCAUCGGCUGCACCAAGGACGGAGUGGAGUACCGCUUGGUUCAGGAUGCUUACUUGGCCCGGCCAGGAACCCGUUUGGCACGUUCGCUUGGUAUUUCAGAGCAUGAGGAGGUUCUGUUUACUGUAUUCGCCCAGGGUCAGAAGAACAGAGCCAAGCCGCCCAAGGAGUCGGCUUUGUGUCUGUUCACAAUGAGACGGAUAAAGGAGAAGAUUAAAGAGAGGAUUCAGUCAUGCUACAGAGGAGAGGGGAAACUCUCCCUGCCCUGGCUGCUCAACAAGGAGCUGGCCUGCAUCAACUCGCCGCUGCAGAUUGAUGAUAACUUCUGCGGCCAGGACUUCAACCAGCCUCUAGGGGGCACCACCGCCAUCGAAGGCAUCCCGCUUUACGUGGACAAAGACGACGGCAUGACCUCUGUGGCGGCCUAUGACUACCGCGGACACACUGUGGCUUUCACCGGCACCCGCAGCGGACGCAUGAAGAAGAUUCUGGUGAACUCCAUCACUCAGCCUGCCUUGCUGUAUGAGAAUGUUGUCGUGAGUGACGGGAGCCCCAUCCUGAGAGAUCUGCUCUUCAGCCCAGAUCAUCAGUACUUAUACGCCCUCACCGAUAAACAGGUCACCCGUGUACCAGUGGAGAGCUGUGAGCAGUACAGCUCCUGUGGAGCCUGCCUGGGAUCAGCUGACCCUCACUGUGGUUGGUGUGUGCUACAUAAUGUAUGUUUGAGGAAGGAUCACUGUGAGCGAGCCGAGGAGCCUCAGCGUUUCACCACCAGAGUGGAGCAGUGUGUCCGACUCUCCGUCCAACCCGACACUGUCUCUGUCACAAUGUCAGAAGUGCAGUUGUCUCUCCAGACACAGAAUGUGCCCAGUCUGUCUGCUGGAGUGAACUGCUCCUUCGAGGACUAUGUAGAGACAGAAGGACGCAUCUACGGUGGACGGAUCUUCUGCCUGUCCCCCUCUACAAAAGAGGUGUCCCCCAUCACACGAGACCAAGGUGACCGACGUGUUAUAAAGUUGUAUCUGAAAUCAAAGGAGACGGGAAAGAAGUUUGCCAGCGUGGACUUUGUCUUCUACAACUGCAGCGUCCACCAAUCGUGCCUCUCCUGUGUCAAUGGAAACUUCCCCUGUCACUGGUGCAAAUAUCGCCACAUGUGCACGCAGGAUGCCAGCGACUGCUCCUUCCAGGAGGGACGAGUCAACACCUCGGAGGAGUGCCCUCAGAUCCUGCCCUCCACCCAGAUCUAUAUACCUGCUGGAGUUAUGAGACCGAUCACCCUGCUGGCCCAGAACUUGCCCCAGCCCCAGUCCGGACAGAGGAACUACGAGUGUAUCUUCCACAUCCAGGGCAGCACGCACAGCGUCCCGGCUCUGAGGUUCAACAGCACCAGCAUACAGUGUCAGAAGACCACGUACGACUACGAGGGAAGUGACAUCAGUGACCUACCAGUCGACCUGUCCGUUGUGUGGAAUGGAAACUUUGUCAUUGACAACCCGUCCAACAUUCAAGCCCACCUGUACAAGUGCAGAGCGCUGCGAGACAGCUGCGGCAUGUGUCUGAAGGCCGACCCCAGGUUUGAAUGUGGUUGGUGUGUCCAGGACAGGAAGUGCGCCCUCAGACAGGAGUGUACCGUUGGAGGAAAUUCCCACCUUCCUCUGCAGCUGGCUGAAGGCGGAGGAUGGAUGCAUGCUACCUCUGGAAACAGUCGCUGCACCCACCCCAAGAUCACUAAGUUGUUCCCUGAGACGGGGCCUCGCCAAGGUGGAACUAGGGUGACCAUCCUGGGGGAGAACCUGGGUCUGCACUUCAGAGACAUCCAGAUGGGUGUCAGGCUGGGCAAGGUACCCUGUGUACCUAUUGAGGAGGAGUAUGUUAGCGCAGAGAGAAUAGUGUGUCUGCUGAACGACGCUACCGGCUACAGGGUCCAAGAAGCUCAGGUUGAGGUGUGCGUGAGAGACUGCGUCAACGACUACAGAGCCCUGUCGCCUAGGCCAUUCACCUUUGUGACUCCAUUCUUUACACGUAUCCAGCCAUCUCAGGGCCCCAUUUCUGGGGGCACCCGGGUCACCAUUGAAGGAAGCUACCUCAACGCAGGCAGCUACGUCUCUGUCAGCAUAGGACCGCAGCCCUGCUACUUCAAAAAGAGGAAUGCCCAUGAGAUAGUGUGCGUCACACCAGCUGGACUAGCAGCGGGCAGCACAUCAGUCUUGGUGGACAUCGAUGACGCUGAGCUGCGAAACCCUGAGGUCAAGUUUAACUACACUGAAGACCCUACUGUCCUGAGGAUUGAACCUGACUGGAGCAUUGCCAGUGGCGGGACUCUGCUUACAGUGAGCGGGACCAACCUUGCAACCAUCCGAGAACCAAAGAUCAGGGCCAAGUAUGGGCAGGCGGAAUCCUUUCAUAACUGUACAGUGUAUAAUAACUCAGUCAUGGUGUGCCUGGCCCCAUCGGUGGCGGAUUCAGAGCUGGGAUUUUCUGAGACCGGCACAGGCCCGGAUGAGAUCGGGUUCUACAUGGACAACGUGAAUGCUCUGGUGGUGGUCAACGAGACGUUCAGCUACUACCCCGACCCUGUGUUUGAACCGUUGAGUCCCUCUGGGAUACUGGAGCUCAAGCCCACGUCACCACUCAUUCUCAAGGGUCGCAACCUGAUCCCCGCUGCUCCGGGUAACAGUCGCCUCAACUACACGGUGCUGAUCGGAGAGACUCCCUGCGUCCUCACCCUGUCUGAGAGCCAGCUGCUGUGUGAAUGGCCCAACCUCACCGGACAACACAAAGUCACGAUCCGUGCUGGCGGGUUCGAGUACUCCCCCGGGACUCUUCACAUCUACUCGGACAGCCUGCUGACGCUUCCUGCCAUCAUAGGCAUCGGAGGGGGUGGCGGCCUGCUUCUUUUGGUCAUCAUUGCUGUGCUGAUUGCCUAUAAGAGGAAGUCGAGAGACGCUGACCGCACAUUGAAACGUCUGCAGCUCCAGAUGGACAACCUGGAGUCCAGAGUGGCCCUGGAAUGUAAAGAAGCUUUCGCCGAGCUUCAGACAGACAUCCACGAGCUGACCCAGGAGCUGGACGGGGCUGGGAUUCCCUUCCUGGACUAUCGGAUUUACGCAAUGAGGGUCCUCUUCCCAGGCAUUGAGGACCACCCUGUGCUCAAGGAGAUGGAGGUACGGGUCCAGGCAAAUGUUGAGAAGGCACUGACGCUGUUUGGCCAGCUGCUGACGAAGAAGCACUUCCUGUUGACAUUUAUCCGAACCCUGGAGGCACAGAGGUCAUUCUCAAUGCGGGACCGAGGCAAUGUGGCAUCACUGAUUAUGACGGCGCUGCAGGGGGAGAUGGAGUACGCCACCGGAGUCCUGAAACAGCUGCUGUCCGACCUGAUAGACAGAAACCUGGAGAGCAAAAACCAUCCCAAGCUGCUGUUAAGGAGAACGGAGUCUGUCGCUGAGAAGAUGCUGACCAACUGGUUUACAUUCCUCUUGUAUAAGUUCCUUAAGGAGUGUGCCGGGGAGCCUCUCUUCAUGCUUUACUGUGCCAUCAAGCAGCAGAUGGAGAAGGGACCCAUAGAUGCCAUCACAGGAGAAGCACGCUACUCCCUCAGUGAGGAUAAACUCAUCAGGCAACAGAUUGACUACAAAACACUGACAUUGCACUGUGUAAACCCAGAGAAUGAGACCGCCCAAGAGGUGACGGUCAAGUGUCUGAACUGUGACACCAUUACUCAGGUCAAAGAGAAGCUGCUCGAUGCAGUGUACAAGGGCAGUCCCUAUUCACAAAGGCCCAAGGCUUCUGAUAUGGACCUGGAAUGGCGUCAAGGCCGAAUGGCCAGAAUCAUUCUGCAGGAUGAAGACGUCACAACUAAGAUCGACAAUGACUGGAAACGCCUCAACACACUGGCUCACUAUCAAGUAACAGAUGGCUCGGUGAUCGCCCUGGUGCCAAAGCAGAACUCUGCCUAUAACAUCUCCAACUCCUCCACCUUCACCAAGAGCCUCAGCAGAUACGAGAGUAUGCUGAGGACAGCCAGUAGUCCAGAUAGCCUACGAUCCCGAACACCCAUGAUCACCCCUGACCUGGAGAGUGGAACCAAAUUGUGGCAUCUGGUGAAGAACCACGACCACUCGGACCAAAGGGAGGGCGACCGAGGCAGCAAGAUGGUCUCUGAGAUCUACCUAACCAGACUGCUAGCUACAAAAGGUACACUACAGAAAUUUGUGGAUGACCUGUUUGAGACUAUCUUCAGCACGGCCCACAGAGGCAGCGCGCUGCCGCUGGCCAUCAAGUACAUGUUCGACUUCCUGGACGAGCAGGCUGACAAGCACUCCAUCACAGACUACGACGUACGACAUACCUGGAAGAGCAACUGUCUUCCUCUGCGGUUCUGGGUGAACGUCAUCAAGAACCCCCAGUUUGUAUUUGACAUCCAUAAGAACAGUAUCACGGACGCGUGUCUGUCUGUGGUGGCCCAGACCUUCAUGGACUCCUGUUCAACGUCAGAGCACAAACUGGGAAAAGACUCACCUUCAAAUAAGCUGCUCUAUGCGAAAGACAUCCCCAACUACAAGAACUGGGUAGAAAGGUAUUACUCCGAUAUCUCCCGUAUGCCAGCCAUCAGUGAUCAGGACAUGAGUGCAUACCUGGCGGAGCAGUCCCGCCUACACCUCAGCCAGUUCAACAGUAUGUCUGCACUGCACGAGAUCUACUCCUACAUCAUCAAAUACAAAGACGAGAUCCUGUCGGCGUUACAGAAAGACGAGCAGUCGCGCAGACAGCGGCUACGCGGCAAGCUGGAGCAGGUCAUCGACACCAUGGCGCUGGCUAGCUGAGGACCGGCUAAUCGAACGCCUCGGCUAGGGGGAGAACUGGCCACCCAACACGCCUUCCCUGACAACCUUUGUCGCCUGUGAAAUUUUGACCCUCGACGUUUGAAGUCUGUCAUUAUCACCCUCACAAAAAACAACAAACAGCAGCGGAAAAAAAGACUGCAAAGGACACAAGUACCCAGCAGCAGCAGCCGCACACUGGAGAGACAGCAGAGUUUGGAAAGUACGGCCCUGCCGGCCGGGUUGGCUUUUUGUUUUUUCUGAGCCACCAACCCAUGCCCCUUCACAACCAAAUUAGGUGCACCCUUAGUCUCCAGCCAAUAUGGACCUCAGCUCAGGAGAGCGUUUAUUUUUCAUCAAGGUCCUCAUCACAUCUGGAGUCCUACAGGUGCAGCAGUUGGGUACUUUGGCCACAAUCAGGACCGGUACAUGCACAUUGGUGACCACACACUCAUCUUGCUGGAUGUAGAGCUGGAAAUGCUACAGGAAAAGAAAAAGGUAUAAGCCACCAGCCAGUAGCUUGCCACAGCCAAGGCUACAGUUCAGACUGUGAGCCAAUACAAAUCCAGGAUAUAUCAUUGCAAUACUUGAUCCCUGUAAGGAAUAUGUCUUUUCUGUCUGCUGUCCUUCACAGAGAGGUAAGGGGUUAGGGACAGCUUACUGAGCAGCAGCUGUGGAGCUGGUAUGGAUUCAGUGUGUUGCUCAAAGACACUACAGCAGGGUGGAUGCUAGGCAACACGUAGGCUGAAGCCACUGCAGGGCAACUAGGCAAAGGGACUUUGCAGGGAAACUCUUCCUCCAGUACUGACUCUCAAACUCUCUUAACAAGUACUCAACUAUAGUCCAACAAAGGACAUUUUCACUCUGCAUUUGAGUUUAUUUGCAUUUGAUUUGUCAUUGCAUUUGAUUCUGUUUUCUUUUCUCUCCCCCAACUGCCCACUCUCCCCAGUGCUGUGCCACUUGUGUUACUGCUGAAUUUGCACAACAAAGUCGAAUCAAACGAGAGAAGAGGAUAUAUGAAUAUAUAUAUAUAUAAAUACAAACCUGUUUUUUAACAAAUGAAAAGUUUAAAAAAAAAAACAUGUUUUUCCAUUUUAAUGUACAAAAGAUAAGUUUGACAAGAGGAUUUGAUAUCUCCAAGAUGAAAAAUUAUGAAAACACAAAGGAAAAAGUCGUCUUGUGCCAUGUUUUACUUUGAAUGUUGUUUAGUGCAAAGAGACUUCUUUUUUAUUAGAUGAAAUGUGCUAUGAUGAUAAUGUUGUCAUGCUUAGUGACUGAAAGUGAGAGUUUAAAAAUAGGUAGAUGGCGAUAGAGAUAUAUAUAUAUAUAUAUAUAUAUAUAUAUAUAUAUAUAUAUAUAUAUAUAUAUAUAUAUAUAUAUAUAUAUAUAUAUAUAUAUAUAUGACAGUUUCUAUAUUUCAUGAGGUCAUGGGAUCAUUGUGUGCUACAUCUUUGGCCCAGAAGGUAGUAAAAAGACAAGUGAUGUCUGUGAGCCAACCGACCUACAGUGCUUUUGUGUUUGUUUUAGAGAAACCAAAUACAUCGAGGCUUGCUCAGCUGAUUUUAGGUGACGCAAAAACCAUUCCUGUGGAAGCCAGCCUCGUGCUGUGGUAGCAGACAACUAGAAAGGCAGUAGGCAGACAUUUCAACAGUUGAACCCUGGCACACACCGUGCUUUAUAACUUCUUGUUCUUAAUUUCUGGACUUCUCCUCUGUCUGAAAAAAAAUGUUAUGAGAUGUGCCCUUCUAAAUGAAGGACGGUUCUGAUGGGCAGAAAAAGGUGAAAAAGUAUUGUCAUAUUUUUUGCUUGUUUUCUAGUCUCCAGUAAAGACAGUAAAGCUAAAGGUGCCACUUUUGAAAUGUGAAUGUGGUUUUUGACAAAUAUAAUGAAAUGUAGCUUGAUUUAUGUAUGUGUUUUGUACCAGUUGAAGGCCUAGCUCUUUUUUCCGUUUUAUAGGGGUAAAAAAAACAAAAAAACUUCAAAUGUUUUUUUUUCCUGUACGUGCUGCUCCACAUUAACUUGCAGUGCUUCAAAAAACAUGCAUUCAUAAACAAGUACCAUUUGUACACUCUUAGGAGUUUACAAAUGUGUUGUAUUCCAUUCUACAAGAGCUUCUUAUGAAAUGUAGAGCACCAAACCAGGCAUUUCAACGACUUCCGGAUUCUUCUAUUUAUCCCUGUUUGAUUGGUUUGAAAGCAAAUAGAUUUUUUUUUUAAAUGGUGAUGAAAAAGUAGGUUAAAAAGCAUCAAAUGCACAAUUUAGAACAAUGUGAGGGAUGUCUCCAAAUGAUUUUCUUUUUCUUCCUCAACAGUGCUUCCCUCAGAUUUUUCCACUGUGACAGAGUGGAAAGGACUUUUGUUUCAGUCCAGUUCAGAUAGCACAGAGCUUUGCAGAUGCAUCAGGAACCUUGCAGGCCAGGGCUGGUGUGAUAGGCCGGGUAGGUUUCUCUCAAAUUAAAAGUUACUAUAACCCCUCUGAGUUAUCGUUUUCGCUUGUCCAAGACCCUAUACUUAGACAGUCUGAGCCCCAGUUUGAGAAGAGGAAACUGAAAGAUCCCAGUUAUUUCCAACCUGUGUCUUUCUUUCUCCAGUCAUUCUAUCUUGGUGAUGGAUUGUUGUGAUUGAAGGGAUUGCUGCUCGUGAUGAAAAUCCAGUGGAUCCAACUCCUAAAAUGCGUUUUAACACAAAGAAUACGUCUGACAGUUUUUAUAUUGAUCCCGUUUAGUCACUCUCCAUGGCUUCAAAACAUGCCAAUAUCGGAGGAGAUGCUAAUUUUAGCUGGCACAAAGAAAUUACAGGUUCUCUGUCACCGCAUUCACAUGCUAAAGGAUUUAUUGUAACUUUAAAAAAGCCAACACGGAAAAAAACAUUGCAAUUGUAAACAAGGUUGUAAUUAUUAUUACGAUAAGCAGCAUUGUUUUAUUCCGUGCUGCUCAAACAUGCCUUACAGACUUGCAAAAUAGUUUAGCUUAUAUGUAUAUAUACACACACAUACAGUAUAUACACAAUGGAAUUUAUGUGGAAUAAUAUACUUUGAGUUGUGCAUAUUUCGUAUGUACUAAUGACUCUUGUCACCCAGUUGUGACUGGUUACCGUUUAACAGUCACCUUUUGGUGUCUGAACUCAACUGUCACAACCACCUGUUGCCUCUGGUUGACCUGUCGCUUUAAGUUCAUAAGAAAUCAUAGCACCCCGUUGAUACGUUGAAUUGAUUGGAAUUGUUGGGACUGUGCAAUUAGUUGUCUCUGGGCAGCAAUCCCUCCAAUCUAAGUUUUAAAAUGGCAAAUCAUUUUAAGUUUUGAUAAGAAUGACUUUGAAAUAACCUAUAUUAUAAUUUAAUGUUACACUUUAACAAUGAGUCAGUGCUAUAAGUACCAGCUGUUAGUUGAUGGUAGCUACUGCAGACGAGGCAUUUAGCUAGCUAACAUGCUGGUCUAAAAAUUGAUCAGAGUACUAAAUUCAUUGAACUAUAUUUUUCCAGCUAUCUGCCAAAAGUGAACAAUAUAUCUUCUCUCCCUCGUUGCCCAAGCACUGAAGGCCUCUUACAUGGCUGACAGUGGGAAUGUCACUUUAUGGAAGUAAAAAAAAAAAAAAAAAAGUCAAACUUAAACUUUUGCAAAUUUUAAAGCCAUCUCCUUUUUUUGGACCUAUCCUCAUGCCACCAAAUCAAACACAUUGCUGCUGUCAAAUAAAAACUCUUGAAAAGAGUAAAUUACCCUUGAUAUAGUUUGGAUUGUUAUGAAAUCCUUUAAAAAUCCAGAUCUAUAUAUAUAUAUAUAUAUAUAUAUGUAUCAUCGUGUAGUUCUCAGAUGCUAUGUUUUUAUCUGACAGCAAAUGUGUGUCUGAACAGAAUAAAACGUACUGUAUGUGUUACAAUACUUGAACCACUGAUCUACACAGGGUAAAACAACAUACAGGACUGCUGACCAAAGCUUUAUUCAUCUACAUGAGGAGAACGACUCUGGGACAAGAGCAUAUCUCUGAUCCAUCUUCUUUUCCGUUCUUCCACAAAAUGACUCGAGCACUCCGCCAUAGUCAUUUAAAUACCCCGUCAUUGAACUGUUUGUAUUUAUGCUUGAUGAAUAGUGAAAUUGAGGCGAUGUUACUUCCGUGUACAGGCACUCGUUUACACAUUCUGUUUUAUUUGAAAGAAUGACUAAAACAGUCUGAGGAUGUAGACCACUGUAUUGAUGUUUGACUAUUCACUGGCUUAAUUUUUCUUUCGAAGAAGAUGUGUGAAGAUAACAUUAGUGAUGUUGAAAUAGUAAUGAGGCUUAGUUAGCGAAGUAU